UUGCCAUGUCGAACGAUGAGCUGUUUAAUAGAAGCAAAGUUUCGACUACCAGUGGUCUUUGGCGGUUGCGCUUCAAUUUGAAGAAUCAAAAUCAAGAGUUAUUUCUCAUUUGCUUGCCUGUGCCGUAGUGUAAGGCAGCGGGAAGUCAUGGACGUGGUCCGGGUGUUAUUGUGCCUGUUCUUGGUUCUGGUGUCUGAAAGGUUACUGCCAGUGAUCGCAUUUUCUCAAAGUCUGGACAGCGACUUCACCUUCACACUACCCGCCGGACGGAAGGAGUGCUUCUUUCAGACCAUGAGGAAGGACGCGUCGCUAGAGAUAGAAUAUCAGGUGUUGGACGGAGCAGGUCUGGACGUUGACUUUAGCCUGUACUCUCCUACUGGCCACGUUAUUUACAGUGAACACCGCAAGUCAGACGGAGUACACACUGUAGAGACUGAGGAUGGAGACUACAUGUUCUGUUUUGAUAACUCGUUCUCUGCAAUGUCCGAGAAGAUCAUCUUCUUUGAGCUGAUCCUGGACAACAUGGACCAGGAAGGGGAGGAACCUGAAGACUGGAAGGAAUACGUCCAUGGGACUGACAUAUUGGACAUGAAACUGGAGGACAUCAUGGACACUAUAAAUAGUGUUAAAGCCCGGCUGGGUAAGAGCCUUCAGAUCCAGACUUUGCUCAGAGCGUUCGAAGCCCGUGACCGCAAUAUCCAGGAGUCCAACUACGACAGGGUGAACAUGUGGUCCAUGACCAACCUGGUGGUGAUGGUGCUGGUGACUGGGGUGCAGGUGUACCUCAUCCGCUCGCUGUUUGAUGACAAGAGACGCACACGCACGUAACACCCUGACGUCUGGGAGGGCCCAGGGAGAGACUGGCAGCUUGGUCUGGACCAACCAGCCAAUAGGGAGUGGGGCAGGUGGUGAAGAUGAGACUGACUCUGAUUUCUUUUAAUUUUAUUUUUUAUGUACAACACAGACAUGCUUAUAGACACCUGAAGAGACACACACACCCUCCUGGUCUCUUCCUUGGCCCAGUCUUUCUUUAACUGUUGGUCUGAGUGACUGUUGGUAUCGACUACUUAAUAAUCAGUGAUUAUUAGACACGAGCUGGACAUUUGGGGUUGUUGAAUUUUUUAAAAGCGAGUGUAAACCAACAACUGUUUACCAUUACUUAGGUCAAGUGCCCUCUCAGCCAUUUUCUUUACAUGUAUUAACAGAAUUAACAGAAUAGCCUCAUAGCCAAACUCUUUACUGCAGUGUAGGUCAAAUAAUUUGGAUUAAACAGUCUGGGUUCUACUGCUCAAACUGUGGCCAUGCAGCACUCAUGGGUCGGAACACACACACACACACACUUAGAAAGGCUCACUCACACAAUGUCUAACACACAUUCAAACCCACACACUUCUUUAUAAAAACCUGUGCUGUCUGCCCCUGUUGCCAGCAUACUCUUUGGUUGACCUUCCUGCUAAUUGGUACUGGUGAAUGGAGAAGGAGGUAGACUUUUGAACCUGGUAACUGGUGUAUUAGUCCAAGUUGUCCCAGCCUCCUGUCUUCCUCUAAAUCAUGUCAUGAUUAUUUUAUGUCAGACUUCAUGCCGACAAGAGAGUCUGGUUUCAGUCAUACAUGCUGAAGAUUUAUGAAGCCUGUCUCCACCUCCAGUCUCUCUAGUGACAGAAUUCUAUUUCCAUCUAAUGGUGCUUUCAAGACAACUGAAAACCCAGGAAAAAAAGAGGUCACAGUUUUUAUGUCGAUCUUCAGUUUGGAGUUGUGGAACUACCUUUUUUUCCCUCCAGUUCCAAGGUGUUUUUGAGUUCUUAUAACACACCUAUGUCACCACAAUGAACACCUUUGCAUAUGGUUGUGUGGGGAGAAGGGUUGUGUGGGGAAUGAAGGAGGUGGAAGUGGUAAUGGGGGGGUCCACUAAUUUACUAUUAUUGAGCUUUAUUGUAUUGAUUGCAGCUGUGUCAUAUGCAGUUGUACAAACACAUAUUUGAAUUGUUGAGGUAGGUGCUAAUAUUUCGGAGUGAAGAAAGUUGUUUAGCCUUUCAGUUAGAAUAUUCCCUGAUAUUGCUUGGAAAAAAGUCCUGUAAAUGUACUCAUUCUUCUGUGUAAUGAAUAACACUGCUGCCCUCUGAUGGCCUGAUAAUGAAAUUAUAAAAAAAAAAAAAACCUGACUAGCUCACCACUAAAAAUAUGGGAUGAAAUAAGUUACAGUGAAUCAGUAUCAAGUCUCUCACAAUGACAAGAUAACCCUUCAUAAUACAUCACAUUUCAGGAGUCUUGCGCUAUGCCAUUAUGAUUUCCGUCCCAGUCCAAAUCAGUUACAUUGGUUGUAGGGCCACUGUGUCAGUGCCCACCAAGUUUAGGUGAUGUUAAACUAACAUCACACUGGGGGAAAUCAAUAAAAUGUAGAUUGUUUUCAGUUAACAGAAUAUUAUUGAUGUU